ACCCACAGGAGGCGCGUUCCCGGGCCUUGGAAGCCAGACACCUCCGCCCGCCGGGUCCCGAUGCUCAUGGCGGCCCUCCAGGCGCUGCUCCUCAGCCUGCUGGUGCUCACUGGUGGCCGGGGGCAGCAGGCAGCCCCCCCAGGCUGCCGCUUGUACCCCUUCAACGUGACGGUGCGCAGUGACCGCCAAGGCACCUGCCAGGGCGCGCACAUGGCCCAGGCCUGCGUAGGCCACUGCGAGUCCAGCGCCUUCCCGUCCCGGCACUCGGUGCUGGCGGCCAGCGGCUACCGGCACAACAUCACCUCCGUGUCGCAGUGCUGCACCAUCAGCGGCCUGAGGAAGGUGAAGGUGCAGCUGCAGUGUGGGGGGUCCCGGAAGGAGGAGCUUGAGAUCUUCACGGCCAGGGCCUGCCAAUGUGACAUGUGUCGCCUCUCCCGCUACUAGCCCAUCACACCGCCCCAACCCACAUCCCACCCUGGCAGGGGGCGUUCACUGGGGUCUAGGCUAGAAGCUCCCCAGGCCCAGCCAGUAACUUAAAAAUGAUGGGGGGAGGGGCUGGAGCGAUAGCACUGCGGGUAGGGCGUUUGCUUUGCACGCGGCCGACCCAGGUUCGAUUCCCAGCAUCCCAUAUGGUCCCCCGAGCACUGCCAGGAGUAAUUCCUGAGUGCAGAGCCAGGAGUAACCCCUGUGCAUUGCCGGGUGUGACCCAAAAAAGCAAAAAAAAAAAAAAUGAUGGGGGGAGGCUCCAGCUCCAGCCCUCUUGGGGUUCAG